GUAAGUGUCUUUCUAAUACACAUCUAUCACUCAGCUUGGUUUAACCCCUCACACGCACACACAUGUGAGAUCCCAGAGUUCUGUCUGCUUUGUUCUGACAAGGAAAACUGGAAUGCACACAAAUCACAUGAAGGACACAAAGAACAACUUUAACAACUCUCUCCUUGGUGCCAAAAAGGAGAAGCUUAUUCAGGCGAUUAAAAAGAUCAAACAUGAAAUUGAUGAAUGUAACGAAGCUGAGAAAGAGGCCUUUGUGGACGCACUGGAGGUCGAGAACAGAUUUGAAGAGAUAGAACAUGAAAUUCGAGCAGAGUUCCAAAACCUCCAUCGUUUCCUGGAUGAGGAGGAAGAGACAGACCUGGAGCGGCUAAGGAAGGAAAGGGACAAACAAGUGAAGAUCUUAAAAGAGAGAGAGAGAAAGAUUGCCAUGCAGAGUAGAGAUCUAGAGAAAGCCAUUGAGACACUGAACUGCAAACUGCGGGAAGAUGACAGCCCAAAACUUUUGAAGGAAAUCAAAGAGCUUCUGAAAAGAUGUGAGGUGAAUUUCAUUCGUCCUCCCCCAAUAGACAGCGAAAUUCUCUCUGGUCAGUUUGUGGGGCCCAUUCAGUACCGGAUCUGGAAACACAUGAAAACAUCCCUCUACCCAAACAUAUCAACGUUGACUUUUGACCCUGAAACGGCACAUCCCCACUUGACCUUCUCUGCUGAGAGAACUUCAGUGACGUUCGAGGAAGACAAGGUGCAGCCUAACGAGAACCCAGCCGAAAGGAACCCGAAGCGCUUCCACUUCUAUUAUUGCAUGAUGGGGUCAGAGGCCUUCACUCAUGGCCGUCAUUACUGGGAGGUGGAGGUGAGAGGCAAGACCGCCUGGCGAGUGGGUGUGGCCAGAGCGGACAUACCCCGUGGAGAGAUGGACUCUUCCUCUACGUUAAACGGACUGUGGACACUGUCCCUCAGAAAUGGCUCGAUCAUGGCCUGCACCCACCCAAAGCCCACAAAGGUGCUCUCAUACACCCUCCCCAUCCGCAUCGGCAUCUUCCUGGACUGUGAUAAGGAGGAGGUGUCUUUCUAUAAUACUGUCACCAUGACGCCACUCUUUUCUUUCUACAUGGGGACUGUUCUAGUGCCGCUCUAUCCAUUUUACAACCCAUGUGACACAGAUGAAGGAAAGAACAGCGCUCCUCUUUCCAUAUUUCAUCCAUCACUCUGAGGGAUUGACAUAGGUUUGGUUUUUCCACUUACUGCUGACAUAGUUUGAAACGCUGAAUUCUGAUCACCUCAAAGUUUGUAUGCCUGGAAAGCUAGAGAGCAAUUUUUGCUGUGUAGUUGUGUUUGGAUCAACCAUUUAAGUAACACUAAACAUUAGCUGUAUCCGAAAUCGACAACUAAACUCAUUCACUAUUCCCUACAUUACGCCACUAAUAUACUUUACUGAAUAAGUGAAAGAAAAUGAGUGGGCAAAUUCAUUCAUGUUUGUUCAUUCAUUAUUUAGGUGCAUUAUGGGAUUAAAUGAGUACACUAUAAUAUCCACUAUGCUUUUAGACAUCACUGCAAAUAAUGCACCAUAUGGGGCGAUUUUGGACACAGCCAGUGAGAUUUCCUCUAUAGACAGUUUAUGGGGUCCAUUCAGUUCAGGGUCUGAAAUGACGUAAAAAGUAACAUUGAGAUGAGAUUUUUUGGCUGUGCAGUUCUUUAUAGAACCAAUAUC